UCGAACUACCGUUUCUCAGGAAAUUCAUUUAGUUCACUUGGAAUAUUUGUAAUGUUAAUUAAGUAAUUAUUUUUUUCACGUUAUUGUGUAGUUGCGUAAAAGUUCCUAGGAAGCUUGCGACAGAGAGAUAAGAUCCUCGAUAUCGACCUUACAUCAUGGGAAGGGAAUGUCAGCGUCGAUCUGAUUCGAUUAACUCAGAACGAAGGAUUAAAGGACUCUUAAGGACAUCAUCCUGUGGCAGAACAUAAGGGCCUCUUUGUCAUUGGAUGAGCCAUGCCUCCCUCUCUCGGCCAAUCAGGCGAGGCCUUCCUACAGCCGCGCUAGCUCAGUCGGUGAGGUGGUCGCUGAGAGUGCGGAUGGUCUGUGAUGGGAAGUCAAAGCGAUGGCUGUACAAUACGGCAAGGGAGUCUUCUCCAACAGGUCUAAGGCCUUCAUCAUUGGUUGGACGUUUCUUCACAACGUGACCGUCUAUUUCGGAGGUUACCUCAUCUACAUUUAUUACCAGAAAACCAAAGAAGAUAUAACGGAAAGUUCCUUUGCUCUGUGGAUUCCAGAAUAUUGGCUUACAGCUGGCUGUGUACUGGGAGGUUUAAGCGCGCUUAUUAUAGGAAGGAAGUGGGGAACCAAAAUCCUCUUGCUUUUGAUUAGAUUUAUUCAAAUAUUAGCUAUUAUAGUUAUACUUAGUUUCUACGUUUUGUCCAAAUAUGCCUGGGUCGAGGAAUAUUGGGUCUUCGGACUCUAUUCGACGUUCAUGUUGCAGGGAUUUAUUGAUUGUUUAUCGCAAAUCUCAAGUCCAAUUUAUGUAAUGGAAACGAUCUGUGAUAGAGAGCCGCAGUUGUCCGUUACCCUUCUCCUUCUAGUUUCUACUCAACUACCAUUAUAUAUGUCUUCGUUCGUUGCAGUUCUAUUGUCAGAACACCAUUUAUUCCUUACAUUGGGAGUUGGCAUUUUCGCUGGCAUCUUUCUCAUUGUUAUAUUUUUCUUUAUGUUCCUACCGAAAAGUUCUCAAGAUGGGACUGUUUGCGACAAAGAUGACAAUGCCACAUUUUGGCACUUACAAUUUGAAAAGGAGUCAGGCUGGGUAUGCCCUGCAACUACCAGUUUGGCGCUCUGCCUCCUGUCUCAAAUGACCGGAUUUCAAAUGUACGAGUUCUACGCUUCUUGGUCCAUCCGUUUACUCAAUAUACCAUUAGAUACCGGAAUCAUGAAAUCAGGUGUUAUCUUUGUGACUGUCCUCUUGACGCUUCCCUUCUGGACUAGAAAUAGGUUAUCCAUAUUUCUUAUAACUACGACUGGAAUAAUUUCUAUUUGUUUGUUUCUAAGCGGAAUAAUUCUUCACGGUCUGGAAGCAGGAAAUCCUGUAUAUCCGAUUGUUCCUUUCUUAGUCAACACUGUUUUUGCCAUAUCUUAUACUGCCGGGUUGUUGACGCUGACACCGAUUGUCUGUCUCAUUUUGAUCCCUCGGAGAUAUCGUCUUGCUAUAUUCAGUAUCGUAACGACAAUAACUAUACUAGAUAGGAGACUCGUAAGAGCUGUAACUCCUACUUUUAUCGAACUACUACAUCCAUUCGGCGUCUUCUGGCUCCAUGCCGGAGCGACAUCCCUGGGCUUGCUCUAUAUGGUGGUUGCGAUUGUCGAUCAAGUAAAAGACAGGCACAGGAGCAUACCCUCUAGCCAGUGUACUGUCGAAGAGUUCAUAACGCAAGUUUGAAUUUAUAAUUUUUAAAUCCAUUAGGUCCGAUAUUUUAUAUAUAAUUAUUAUGUUGUAUUGAUAUCAAAUAUUCUAGACUUUAUAUGAGAACUCUAUAGGCAAAGGAGUAUAAUGUUAAGUGCAUUACUGAUCUGGAAAUUUGUCAGUCUACUUCGUAGUUAAGAGGUAUAUGUUUUCUGUCCACGCUGUGCUUAAUUAUAGUAGCUAAUCACAUAACUUCCAAGCAAAUGUUAACUGGGCUUUGGAAGUAAAAGGAUACAAGCCCAAUUUGGGCAAAUUUUAAUCAAAUAACUAUUACAUAAAAGCGUGUUAUAUUUUAGAGGAAGGAGAUGAUCCGUGGUGGCGGUCAUAAAUAGACUAAAACAGUGGCAAAACUAUUUUAUUAAAAGCCAACGUUUCCACCCGACUUCACAGAUCUUCUUCAGAUAGGUGUGUUCAGAAAGGAGUUCCAUUUAAAAUUUCAAUCUAAUUAAAAUUUAAUCCAGUUUUAUGUGAAACUCCUUGCUGAACACACCUCCCUGAAGAAGACCUACAAAGUCCGGUCGAAACGUUGACUUUUAAUAAAAUAGUUUUGCCACUAUUUUAGUCUAUUUAUGACUGCCACCCCAUCUCCUUCCUCUAUAAUACAACGGUCAACUGUUAAGUAUUCAAUGUGUUAUAUUUUAAAUAAUGAUUAUUUAAUUUUUUGUAUAAAAAUAAACUGAUUAGUGUUGCUUCAUUUAUUAUGGAAUAAAAAAAUAUUUAUAUAAUACGACUAAAUCUAUUAAAUAAAAUUAUUAAUUCUUCAUCAUCAUCUUUAGUCGGCUCUACAACCCACCACUGGGUCCUGGCUUCUCCUCAAGCUACUUUCGCCAGUUAAUUUGGCCAAGUGCUGCUUUCCUCCAGCUCUGAAAACAAGUAGAUUUUUCGAAAAAUUAUAUAACUAUAUUUUUGAUUAUAAAAUUAUGCCUAGUUUUUGAAAAUAUUACCGAUUUGAGAUAGGAUGGUAAGUUUCAAUUUAUUUUAACAUAUUGGAGUUCUUCUUUACUGAGGUUUGCCAUAGAGAUUACAGAAGUGAACGAUAUAAAAAAUAUAGAUAAUAUAAAGAUCUUGCAUGACGUGUAAUCUUAAAAUUGUCAGUAUUUCCAGAAAAAGCUCCUAUGAUAAUAUAUUAACAGACUUUAUUUAGAAGAAAACCGGAAAGUUACAAUAAAUCGAUAUAAGAUGGUGAUAUCUAAAAGUUGAUAAUAUUUUCAUGAAUAGCUUCUAAGGUGACCCAAUAAUCGUAAGACUUUCCAUUCUGGUUGGAGGAGGGGGACGAUGGACCUCCAAAAAGUUUCAGGAAUUUAUGUUAUUUUUAAAAAUUAUCAGUGAAAAUUAACAUAAUUAUUGUAAAAUGAACAAUAUAAUAAUAUAUAUAUAAAUUAAUUAAUAUAUCUGUUAAAUAUUAGUAGCUUUAUUUUCAGAGGGGUCUGAGCAUAUUUGAAAAUAUGUUAACUAAGCAAUUGAAUAUAUUAAACAUUUUUAUUUUUAUUUAAAGGGCUGUGAGAUUAAUUGUCAAUUCUCCGACACUUCAUGGAAGGUUGCUCAUGAAUGAAUCACAAAAUGCUAGGAUAUGUUGGAUUGUAAAAGAUGUAAUAAGUAGAACUCAUCAUUGUGAAAGUAAUUUAAAACAUUUUUAAAUAUGAUGAGAACCCAUUUCAACUGUAAGAUUCUUAAAUACUGAAAGACUUCUAAAAAAAUAAAGUAGAAAACCAUUGCAAUGGCAAGAGAGGUAUAACUUCAACCGUUGUUCACUCAAAACUUGGUUUUUGUGACAUAUAUCCUUUUGCUUCUAGAGACCUCAUAUAUUGUUGAAUUUAUUAUUUAUUGUAUUUAAAUCUAUUACAAUAGUUAGCUAUACUUAGAGACUGAUAUUUAGUGCCAUAAAGUUUUUAGUUCUGAUCAUUUAGUAUUCAAAUAAAUAUGAUUUAUUGAUCAGACUCAUAAAAUAUAUAAAUAUAUUGUACAAAUGCAAGCUUUUAUAAUUUUGAGUUAAUUUUUAAGGCUUUAAUCUUAGUUAAACAGCCAAUUUAUUACCAAAAAAAUAAACAAAUAUGAAACUCUUAGUUUCUAAAUUCUUUGGAUUACGAUGAUGUAGAUGUCAUUGUUGGAGCGUCUUGAUUAGAAAGAUAUCAAUUUAUCUCUGACAAAUAAUAUUCUUCAUCCGUUAUGAGUAAUUUUGAUAAAACUCAAAAUUUGUCCUAGAUAUUUUAAUAUUGAAGAUCCACCCAUCAUAAAAACUUUUCAGUGCCUUCUUAAGAUUAUCAUCCACCAUUGUAAUUAUUAUAAUAUAAAUUAUUCAAUAAUGAAGAAUUUACCAGCUUCAGUGUACAGAGCUGUUUAUUCUUGUAAUCAAUUUUACCAAAUUAGUGAGAAACAGUAAAUAAUUUACCUAUAUUCUGUCAAUAUUUCUGAUAUAUAUAUCGUUUUAAUUUUAUGAUAUCUGAAUACAUCCAUUGUGUUCAUGCAAUGACUUGUAUAAUGUUAUAUUAGAAAUUAUUUUAUCGAAAUAUAUUAAAUAGUAUAAAUUGUUAUUUUAUUACAAAGAUAUUUUAUACAUAUUUUUAAUGGAUUUUUCAUAAUUUUGUAUUUAUUAGCUUGUAAGAAAAAUGUAAAUAUUAUAGCUAAUACUAUAUGUGUAUAUAUAUUUUCUAAAUAUAUUGAUGAUUGUUAUUUUGUAAUUAAAGAAUUCUUAAGUUCUUUAUUUUAUUUUUUCCACAUUACAGUAAUCCUGUAAUAUUUCUAUGCGUACUAUCUUAUCG